AUGUCUUCGCCGAUCAAUGUCACGCAGUCGCCGGGAGACGGCCAGGCUGCCGCCGAUGAGAAGCCGCGGCUGACCGAGGAAGAAAAGAAGCAGAACCACAUCGCGUCAGAGCAAAAGCGCAGACAGGCCAUCCGAGAAGGAUUCGAUCGUCUCACGGAGCUCGUGCCCGGCCUCGAAGGUCAAGGCCGUUCCGAGGGCCUUGUCCUCAAGCGCACCGUCGAAUACAUGCGCCAGCAGGUGGCCGAACGGCGAGCCAUGAUCGAGCAGAUAGAAAGGUUAGGUGGCCAAGUUGACAACGAGCUCAAAAAACCCGUCAAUGACCAGAGCAAGGCUCGCGGGGGAGGCUGA